UUGUUUCCUCAGAGGACCGGAGCGACCAAAGCCAAACCAUCUUGUGCCCAGAAAGUGAAGCCUGUGGUGCCUCCAUCAGUCCAGGUCGCAGCACCUGCAGAUCCCCUCCCCCCAGUGUCAGAGGAGUCAGCUGACGUGUCCAUGAAGGAGGAGGAGGAGCUGUGCCAGGCGUUCUCUGAGGCGCUGCUCACCGUGCAGGACGUGGACGAGCAGGACUCAGACCUGCCGCAGCUCUGCUCAGAAUACGUCAAAGAUAUCUACAGAUAUCUGCACGUCCUGGAGGCGCAGCAGGCUGUACGAGCCAACUACAUGCAGGGUUAUGAGAUCACUGAACGCAUGCGAGCUCUUCUGGUGGACUGGCUGGUCCAGGUUCACUCCAGGUUCCAGCUGCUGCAGGAGACUCUGUACCUCACAGUAGCCAUCCUGGAUCGUUUCCUCCAGGUCCAGCCAGUCUCUCGCAGGAAGCUGCAGCUGGUUGGUGUGACCGCCAUGCUGGUGGCCUGUAAAUAUGAAGAGAUGUACGCUCCAGAGGUCGGAGACUUCGCCUACAUCACAGACAACGCUUUCACAAAGUCUCAGAUUCUGGAGAUGGAGCAGCUGGUUCUGAGGACGCUCAACUUUCAGCUGGGACGUCCUCUUCCACUACACUUCCUGAGACGAGCCUCCAAGGUGGCGAAUUCUGACGUAGAGAAACACACGCUGGCCAAGUAUCUGAUGGAGCUGACCCUCCUCGACUACGACAUGGUGCACUAUCGACCCUCUGAGGUCGCUGCUGCUGCGCUGUGUCUCUCCCAGCUGCUGGUCGACGGGCUGCCGUGGUCUCCCACUCAGCAGCACUACUCCACUUACGACGCGGCCCACCUGAAGCCCAUCAUGCAGCACAUCGCCAAAAAUGUGGUGACUGUAAACAGGGGGAAGACAAAGUUCCAGGCCGUCAGGAACAAGUACUCGAGCAGCAAGCUGAUGAAGAUCAGCCUCAUCCCUCAGCUGAAGUCGUCCAUCAUCACCAACAUGGCGGCUCCUCUGCUCAACAAUCCUUGAAGCCAGCUUUAAAUUUUAUCAGUGGACAUUUCACUCGCACUUUAUUUUAGAUU